GCCGCUGUCGGACCCUGCGCGGUGUCGGAUCCCCUAAUUGUUGCUCCAGGUCCUUUCAGGUCUGUGUGUCUGUUGUUCUCAGCUCUCGGCUAGGCUAGAAAAGGAGGAGGAACCUGUCCAGAAUUCCAGCAGGUCUGCGUGUCUGUUCCCCGCAUUUACAAGACUAGAAAAGGAGAAUGAACCUGUCCAGAAUCCCUGCAGGACGGGGAAAGGAGGGGACAUCUCAACAUGGAAAAACUGUUCAAUGAAAAUGAAGGAAAGCUGGAAAAUGAGGGAAAGCCAGAAGAUGAAGUAGAUACAGAAGAUGAAGGAAAGUCAGAUGAGGAAGAAGAAAAGCCAAAAGUGAAGAGGAAGCCAGAACACAAGGGAAAGCUCCAGGAUGAGGGACAUGAUGAAAGGACACAAGAAAAGCAGGGCAAGUCUGAAGAUGAGGGAAAAGCACGCGGCGGGGGAAAGCCAGAACCCCAGGCAAAGCCAGAGAGCAAGCCGCGGGCUGCUGAAAAGCGCCAAGCUGAAGAUUAUGUGCCCCAGAAAGCAAAGCAAAAAACAGACAGGGGGACAGAUGAUUCCCCCAAGGACUAUCAGGAGGACUUACAGGAAAGGCAUUUGAGCAGUGAGGAGAUGAUGAGAGAGUGCGGAGAUGUGUCAAGGGCUCAGGAAGAGCUAAGGAAAAAACAGAAAAUAGGUGGUUUUCAUUGGAUGCAGAGGGUACAGGAUCCAUUUGCCCCAAAGGGCCAAUGGGGUAUCAGGGGAGUAAAGGGCAGAGGUAGGGGCCAAAGGGGCUUACAUGAUAUCCCCUAUCUUUAAUGCCCUUGGACAUCAAUUCUAAUGUCUCUAAUGAGAAUAUUGUGGACCCUGCUUUCCCUGUUAGGCGUUUGCCAGGCCGUGUGCUUUAACCUUAAGUUGAUAACUUUGCUUUAGAUGUCUCCUUACCAGCAGCCUUUGAUCCAACUACAGUGGUCUCUGUUUCAGUAGGGGAUUUUCACCCACGUGCAUGGAAGAGAUGUUCAUGGUACUUUGUAAUACAAUGAAACAGUUUUCAGGACUGCAUAUACAGUAUCAGCCCAUUUAUGCAAAAAUAUUAAUGUGUGCAUAACGCAUUUAUGUGUAGAAAAAACUCUGAAAGUAUGUACAGUAAAAAAGUAGAAGUGAUGGUUUUUCCUGCAUGGUAACCAAAAGUAGAUCUUGCCUGUACUCAGAAAUGAGUCCAAUCACCUGAUGUGAGGUACCCCCAUGCCAUUCCUUUGCAGGCAUGCCCAUCCCCAUGUCAUCCCCUAAUUGUAACCAUGGCAGUGGGCACCAAUGUCCCUUCUGGGUCCUGUGCCAUUCUGUGGAUCCAUGUGUGAUUCUUUUUCAACUUUGCUCACUAAUCUCCACUUUUUCCUAAAGGAUAUAGAUUGUUAUAAUAAAAAAGAAAUCCAGAAAUCA